AGAUGGGUGGCCAACGAAUAAUCAGUCGAUCGAACGGAAGUCUUUUUCCAAUCCGAUCGAAUCUUCCCUCUAGCCGGAGCUGGAGGGGACGUCGCCGCCGGCGAUGGCGCUGGUGCCCGACUGCCCCCCGGAUCUCCGGAUCUACAAACCGAUUUUCGAUUGCGGGUUAGGUUUGCGCCAAGAGCAGUCUGAGCAUAGAUCGCGGCUGCUGCGCAAGAUCCAAGACUCCUACCGCAAGGCGCUGGAGCGGCUGAACCCCAGGGCGAGGCCCGGCAUGGCUGCGCGCUUCCUCGACGGCGGGGGAUUCUGCCUGGGCCUCCUCGACCCGGUCUCCAACAUCGUCGCCAACACGCUCGUCUCCUACGGGCGCGCGGUACCGGCCGCCGCCGGCGAGUGCGACCUCGUGUACGUCCCCGAGGAAAAGCUCAGGGACCUGGAGCGCCGGUCGCUGGGCGGCAUGGUCACCUUCCUCACCCGCUUCUUCCCUUACCUCCCCGACUGCCACGCGGUUCGCUUCCUGCUGCUCGCCGACGCCGAUCUCAUGGUCGCCUUCCGCAUCGUCGCGUUGGACCUCGGCAUGAGCCGAAUCGGGUCCGACAAGCCCGCCUUCGACGACGCCCUCGGCAUGGCCUUCAAGUGCGCCGCCAUGGCCGCCAAGCACCCAAACCCUGACCAGCUCUCGUGCGACUGGCUCGCCAUCUCCAGCCGCCUCCACGACACCGCGCGCCUCCUCGACGAGGUGCGCCGGCGCUCCCCCUCAUCCAGCCUCGACAAGCUCGCCAAGCUGCUCGACGGAUCGCCGCUGCCACUCCACUCAUCCAUGUGGGCUCCGUUUGUAGCCGUCGCAGAUUCUCGUUGUCCCCGCAGCAUGCCGUACCUGCACAGCAGCGCUCUCAAGGGAACACUCCAGGACGCCAUCCACGGCUUUUACCUCAAUGCCAUGGCCCGGCUGCCGGCCGGCGAGCUGCGCUCCCGCUUCCACCGCAGCCUGCUCAUUGCCGGCCACUGCUACGGCCCGCUCGAUCCUGUCUCCAACAUCAUCAUCAACACCAUCUGGUACGACGCAGCCUUCCCACCUACCGUAAAGCUCGAGGUGGAUGUGAUCGGCACAAUGAUUCUCCACCGGAUGGAAACCCGCUCCACGUUCGGCCUCCUAUCCUUCCUCUCAACACGUUACCACCAUAUCGAUUUCAAUCGAGCUAUUGGCUGCCUGCUCCAGGCAGAUGGCGACCUCCUCCUAGCUGAUCGUCGCCUUGAUGCUGAGGCGACUGCUGACUUGGAGAAGGCCUUUUUCGCUGCCGCUACGGCUGCCCAUCACCCCAACCCUGAUGCUCAAGCAAAGGUUUUGCAUUCCUGUCCAUCUCAGCAGAUAUCAAUGCUACUGAAGGGCAGUGGCCAACUCUCUUCUGAAGAUGUUCAGUGCCUUGCCAGGUUGUUGUGUCCUGAGGCCGCCUGCAGUGAGCAGCCACUUCGCCCGUUCGCUCAUCCAUGGCACCUGAGUUCACAUACAAGAAUUUCCGAAAAGAUCAAUGCUGCCCUGAGUGCGUAUGCUGCAAUGCAGAGUGCGGAACCCACGUAUGAGCUUCAUACUAUCUGUGGCGUGAACAAAUACGUGUCAGGCCCAGUUGGCACUGUUGGUAAGUGCUACCGCACUCAUGUCAAUUUCCUGGCAACACCCAAAGGCACUCAGUUUCCUACCGGGACAACUCCGCUGCUAUUCUUCGCUGAGUUUUGCAACGAUGAUGAGAAAGACAGAGCUGGAACACUACCCUUUGUCUGCCGUGUGUCAGUGCCGCUACCAUGCACAGAACGAGUACGGUGCCUUUACUGUGAUCACAUGGGGAUUAGGAUCGUGCAUCCGGUUGGGGAAGAUUUCCAUGGGCGCAAGUUGGAUUUUGAGAAGAUGGUCUGUGGAGAAGACCCUUGCGAUGAUGAUUUUGAUCCUGCAGUGGAGAAGCCAUAUUACACCAACAUGAACAUCAUCGAACAUAGCCGUGGGACGACGGAGAUGGUUAGAGGUAGGGUAGAAGAGGAUUGCCUUUACAAUGAUCCGUUGGAGCAUAGUAGUGAUGAGUAUGGCCGUGACCUGACUUUGAUGAGCGAUGAGUAUGAUAGUGAUUUGGAUUCCAUGGCUGAUAAGCGUCAUGUCUCUCACCCCAUGGUAAUAACAUCGUGUUGUAGUGUUUAUUAAGAUGUCUGUAAAAUUGAAAGUCAAUGUGCAGCGUAGUGUUGUGACUAUGCUAGAGAACAUUGUCUUAACCUGAGUUCAAGAUGAUGCCCAAGUAAUAUAACAAAUGACUAGUGUACUAGAAUAUCCUCCUACUAUGUUCACCGAGACACCGACUGUGGCAUUGAUUUAGAACCGACAGUUUAUUAUUGUUUGCAUUGAGGGAAAUCCACGACUGAUCUCGAGCUCAUAUGCUCCCUAAAUCACAGUUGCAUAGUUGCCUUGUGAUCUGGGCCAAAUACUAUAUUUCGUUGUGUAUUGAUAUUGUAUUCUGUCU